AUGAAAGCAGUCAUUUCGUUAUAUAACGCCUUGGUUAGGAGUCAGCUUGAGCACAAAGCAAUAGUAUGGGCACCUUAUGAAAAGAAAUAUACUCUCAUGUUAGAACGAGUCCAAAAUAAAUUUGCUAGGGUACCAGACCGGUAUAUAUGGCGCAGGAGGCAGGUGCCACUUCUGAUGGUUCCAUCCGCACGCACAAACUUGUUAAAGGAGGCACCGUUCACACGCGCUAUAUCUAUCAUUAAUAUGAUAGCUAAUGAAAUUGACAUAUUUGAUUGUGCUCUGAAUUGCAAAUGUACAGCAACUCAGUGCUGUGAUAAUUGCAAGUGUGACUCUUCAUGCAACUGUGACGCGAAGAAAACAACUUGCAGCGGCGGAGACAGCUGUUCAGCAACUAAAAAGUAGGAACACAGUAGCUGUGUUUCAACAAUUAUAGCACUAUGCCUGCUUAGUCUCUGAUGUAGAUUCAUCUUCAUGCACUUUUCCCACGAAAUAAAAUCGACUAUUUCCACGAAUAAUUCAGUAAAGUUAUAUAACGCUUA